UAACAUUUUAUUCGAGUGAAAGAUUGAAAGGCAACAGUAACUGAAUCACCAAAUGUUUGAUCACAAAGUUACUGAGCUGGGCUGCUGCACAUGCUGAAGGGCACAGUUAAAGUCACACAACUAACUUAAACUGCAGCCUGAGUUCAGGUGGGAUUGCAGACCUCCUUCUGCAUCAAUGUCUGUGAAUAGCAACUGUAAGCAAACCUUGCAUCACCAAGAACAACACUGGCUCCAGUGUCGAAAACCUCACUGGCUGUUGCUCUCUGAAUCAGUGGGAAGAGAACAGAUUGAACUUGAUCACUUCUGAUACUUCAGCCAUAAUUGUCUGCUGUCUUGUUUGUACUUCUAAUUCCGUAGUUGUCAGUCUCUCUGUCCGUGGUAUAAAGGUUGAACACAUGAUCUGUUAUUGGCCUGCAGCCUAUGUCCUGUUCCUGAGCCUCUUCGUGUCGUCUGAUUUCAUUUGUAUUGAUGUGAGAAAUUUCUCUCAGCCUGCUGCAUUCUACCACUGACUAAGAUUUUUCAGUUUGUGAGUGUUUUUGAGGAGGCAGGCUUGAACAGGAUUGAACAUUUGUUCAUUUGUUGAACAUUUGUUCAACCCUGCAGCAACAGUGCGUGUCAUUACAUGUGAGAUGUGUUGUUCGGUAUGGCCCCAGGCUGUGUCCUCAUGGGAUUACCCUCCAAUUUUUAAUCGAUGCCAUGCAGGGUUUCCUGAUGCCUGUGACUGAGGAGCUUGCUGCCUCCUGAGGUUGACACGAAUGCGGAGCCUGUGUCACAGCCAGGGCUGCCUUCAGAUCCAGGGGCUACAGAAACACACUGCAGGAUCUGCCUGUCUAUCAGUGAUUGAUUACACGUCUCAACUUCUGUCUCUCUGAUCUCAGGGUAAAUAAAAAAUGUACCAUUUGAAAGUUAAUGAGAACAUAACGUCUUCUCUCACCACCACAGACACGUCCUCUGAUAUAUAUAUAUUGUUUUGGCUCCUCACUCUCUCCCUCUAAUUUCUUUCAUUAUUAUCUUGCAUCAUUUCUUUCAUUUCCUUCCACAGACCCUCGUAUUUUUCUUCAUUCCUCCAAAUUGGUUUAAUAUUUUCUUUUUAUUUUCUUCAAUGUCAUUUUGCCUAAUACUUAUCCUUCUCUUUAUGUUUUUCUCCUACUACUCAGAAGUAUGUGUUAUUUCAUGUCCUCUUCCAGACAUCUCCCCAAACACAUGUCCUACAGCCCACAUAUGUUCUCAAAUUUUAGUUUUGUCCUCUUCCCCAGUCUUUUGUUUUGUUUUGAUUUUCUUGUCCUUGUAUUCACAGUCAUUCUUGUAAGGACUCUGCCUCAACCUUUGCCGCAACUAGACGCCUACAGGUGCCAAAAAGGCUUGUUGCUGAUUUUUUUCCCUAGAGAAUAGAGUUACAGUGGAGCUCAGUUAAAAAAAAUGAAAUGUCCUUUUCAAAUGUAGUUCUCAUUUUUUCCAGUUUCAACUGUUAAAAAAUCAGCAGAUGUAGAACUUUAAUUGGAACAGAAAUCUGGGACUUUGAUGGAAAUGAUUUAUAAUGACAAACACAAAGUUACUCUCUCUCACAAUUUCACUCUCUCUCCCCCUCUCUCUCUCCCCCUCUCUCAUCCCUCCUCUAAUCCACUCCGUUUCUGUCACUCUCCUUCUUUCCUGCCUAUUUCCCCUCCUGUCAUUCUUAUAUGAACUUCUCUCCACAGAUUCUUUUUCAUCAUCAAACCCUCCUUUAAUCUGUCUCCUCCUCCUCCUCCUUCUCCUUCUCCUCUUCCUCACUGCUCUUCAGCAGAGAAAACUCAGCAGCAGCAUCCGUAGGAGCAGCAUCCGUGUCGCUCAGCACAUCGUGUUACACAAAAGUGAGGACAUCUGGUUUUUUUCGUCUUGACUUGUUUCUUAUUGUCUUAUUUUUUUCAUUUUUCUUUUUAAAAUCAUUUUCAUUUUGGCUCACUUUUGAACAAUUUUUGACUGUUAUUUUUUUUUACCCCGGAAUGCAACACCGUGAGGCUACACUGCAGUUCAAGUGCUAGAAUUAGAGCAUAUAGUCCUGAGGAUGUGUAUUCUCUUUUCUUUUCGGCAUCUUGUUGGAAAUAAGUAGGUCAGUCCUGCAGUUGACACAGUGUCACCCUGUGGUCUGUGCUGGGCUCGUGAGGAUAGUUAACAGGUAUGGCUUUUUAAAAAGCAUAUCACCUCACAACUGGAAGAUUGUUCACUGAGACCUUUGUACAUUUUUCUCAUUAUUAACAGUUAACAUUAAUUCCUUUAAAGGUAUUUAAGCUACAGUUUAUUUAUUUAUUUAUUUUGCUGUUUUCCAAUUGGCUGAAAGGGUCUUUGUUGAGAGCACUAAAGUUUCAAACCCUGACAACAUGAGGUCAGUGUUUUAGGCAGGAUGGACUUAUAUAAUGUUUCCACUCUGGUGUUGGCCUCUUUUCCACCAAACGCCUCCAUGGACAAUGUCAGUCAAACCAUCUCCUCCUCCUCCUCCUCCUCUUCGAGAUCUCCUCCUGUAUCUCCUCACUCACAGGUGUUUUCAGUGUUGAUCAUCCUGGUGGUGACAGUCAUCAUUCUGGGGACGGUGGUGGGUAAUGUGCUGGUGGUGGUGGCGGUGUUUACCAGCCGAGCUCUGAGAGCCCCUCAGAAUCUCUUCCUGGUGUCUUUGGCUUCAGCAGACAUUCUGGUGGCCACUCUGGUGAUCCCCUUCUCCUUGGCUAAUGAGGUCAUGGGCUACUGGUUCUUUGGCCAGAUCUGGUGUUCUUUCUAUCUGGCUCUGGAUGUUCUUUUCUGCACUUCCUCCAUCGUCCACCUCUGUGCCAUCAGCCUAGACCGCUACUGGUCUGUGACUGAAGCUGUCAGUUACAACCGAAAACGUACGCCCAAAAGAAUUAAAGUAAUGAUCAGCAUUGUGUGGCUCAUAUCUAUAGUUGUCUCAUCUCCACCACUUCUCAUGACUCACAAAGAUGAGUCCUUGGAGACAGAAGAUAAACACAAUGCACAGAGGCAGAAGUGUCUCCUCAAUAACCAGACGUGGUACAUCCUUUCCUCCUGCCUGGUCUCCUUCUUUGCCCCUGGAGUCAUCAUGAUACUAGUUUACUGUAAAAUCUAUCGUUUUGCCAAGCAGCGAGCAUCCACUGUGUUUGUGGCCAAAAAUGUGAUGGAACGACAGCCGUCGCAGUCUGAGACCUGUUUCAAUGGUUCCUCAAGGACUUUCCAAAAAAAGGGAGCUGAAUGUUUUGAAUGCCAGUUUGAACUGAGCAGCUCCCAGCCUGUAAACCGACGCAGCUCUUCGAACAUAGAGAGCAGGAGUGGAGGUCACAGGGGAGGAGAGCUGGAUGACAUCGAUAUAGAGGAGAAGAUCUGCAGAGCUGAUAUAAAAACACUGUCCUCGUCUCUUCGCUUCCCCAAGAGAGGCAGCAGGAACAUGAACGCACAGGAGGGAAGGGAUGCUGAGAGGAGAGCAACAAGCAGGUUAAAACCUCCUCCACCUUCUUCUUGUACCUCCAUGUCAUGGGCGUCAUCUGAACAUUUCUCCAGUCACUGCUUCCUCCCCUCUCCUGUGCCCGUCCGCAGCAGACAAAUGUCUCUGCCCAUGCACAAAGUAGCUCAAAUGAGGGAGAAGCGCUUCACCUUUGUUCUGGCAGUGGUGAUGGGUGUUUUUGUCCUCUGCUGGUUCCCGUUUUUUUUCACCUACAGUCUCCAUGCUGUCUGCAGAGAGAACUGCACCAUCCCUGACACUCUCUUCAACCUGUUUUUCUGGAUCGGAUACUGCAACAGCUGCCUGAACCCCAUCAUAUACACUGUUUUCAAUCGAGACUUCAGAAGAGCCUUCAAGAAGAUUUUGUUUCACACCCAGAAAUGACCGUGAUGAGGACGAUCUAAGCCUGUUUACACUGUGCUGUCAUAAACAUACAUCAAAAGGCUUUUCAGAGAGCUGGAGUAUUGAUUUAUUAUUAAACUGAUCCAGUGCAGGACCUGCCUCAUUUAAAUCACUGCGGCUCAUUGCAUUCUUGUGAAGCAGUAGUCUUAGGUUGAAGACAGUGACCAGAGGGCAGUAAUCUCCUCCAGCACAAAACAGAGUUCUAAAAAAACUCUUCAAAGAUCAAACUCAAGCAAAAACAAAGGGUUUCAUCGGCUUUGAAGUGACAGUAAGAUCAGAAUUGAAGAACAUUAACUUUUAUAAGCAGGAAUAUUUUAUGCAAAAAUAUUACUGUGGAUGGUGAACAGCUCAGAGGGAAAGGCACUGAAGUAUAUUUGCAGGUACAGUUACAGAUGAGCUCAUCUGGUGUAAACAGAGUCAACGUCUAAAAAUGAAUAAAUGUAUUCAACCACAGACAAACACUACUGUGGAUAAUUAUCCUCUCAAGCAGAGGAUAAAAUCCCUGUGGGCUGUACUCUACUCAAACUCAUCCCUGGAAAAACAACAGAACAAACUUUCAGUGAGUGCUGAACUCUGACCUUACACUUCUACCUGAUGGAGCGCAAAGAAUAGAUCAUUAUUUAUUUCCUUUUCUGGCAGACCAUAAUUAGUUCUCUUAGAGACAGUGAACUGGUGUUUUUAAAUUUAGAAAUAGACUCAAAUUUUCAAUCAUGGUGCUUUUAUGGCGUAAAACAAAGGAUGGGGAGUGUAAAGUAAAGUAAUCAUGCUCCGAGGAAAGUGUUGCUUCUCUGUGGAGCGCCACAGUGUGGUCUCUAUAUGUAUCAAACCUGCAUUCUUACAUGAUUAAAUAUUUUAUUCUGAGAUUAAAUGUAUACAAGUUUUGAUUUGACUUUCAUUUUUGAUCAACAAAUCAAAGACAAAAUUCAGCUGAGCUCAGUAGCUGUGCCGCCCUGUGAGGUUGUUCUCUGCAGACUUCAUUUAUUUUUAGUUUUUAACUACCAUGUUUUUCAGUCGUAUGUGGGGGUUGAUGCCUUUUUCCACUCUUUUUUGCAGGGUCUUCUGCUCCCGAGAGGUUUAGCUCUAAAACAUAAAAAACAAUUGAGAUGUAUUUGCACUGAAAAUGCUGUGCUCUUUAGUCAUGAUGUUAGGAAACAUAUUCCCAGUACAUUCUACACCCUGUCCAAUCUGCUUAUUUAAAAAAAGUCUUGAAAAUGUGCUUCAGUCUCAGUACACUGAGGGGUAUGUGGGAAGUGUUCCACCAUAUCCUUGUUUUCCAGAAUGUAGUUUUCCUCUCAAAUGACUCCAAUUUGCACAAGUGAUUAAACUGAAAACCCAACCAACCAACUUACAAUAACUAUUUCAUAGAUGGUGAACAUUUUCACAAAGAAAUUAAGUCUGUGAUUUAUUUAUACUUAUUUGUUAAGAAAAUACAAGUGAAAAUAUAGAACAGAUGUAAAUAUGAAGAAAUAAAUAACCAAAUAUGUUGGAACUUAUGUGAGUUGUUAAAUUGUUAUAAAAACUGAGCUACA